AUGCCGUUUACCUACCUCGCCCAGGCGCAAUCCACCUACAAGCCGCCUCUUAUCGCCAACGAGAACGCCUUCUUGGGCGAUGUUGCCACCAGCGAGAAGGAAAACCCCAACGCACCCAUGUCUGCUGGCUUCUACCGAUUGGAGAAAGGCACACCCCUCGUUUACACAUACACCUAUGACGAGAUGAAGAUUAUCCUCGAGGGCUCAUUUGGCAUUACCGAUGAGACGGGCGCGACGGUCACGGCGACUAAGGGUGAUGUCUUUUACUUCCCGGCUGGAACCACGAUCACCUUCACGACGGAAGAUUAUGGAUUGGCAUUCUUCACCGGCCAGCGGAAGCAGGGUGGUGCUUGA